AGUUAACAAAGGGAAGUUAACAAGCGUAGCUAAAAACAGAACAAUGCAAAUGUAUAAAUUACAUCAAUUACAUCUCCUUACAUCUGUGAUGCGUGCCAUUUACUAAAACAGUCCUAAAUAUGAGGAAUAAUGCUCUUAUCGCAACCAAUACGGAAGAUAUCUACAGAAUCUAAGCGGAAAUGGUAUGCCGAGAAAUUAUUUUCAAGGAUAUGACUAAGAAUUAAGUUAACUUUCGUAUAAAGAGGAGACGGUUGACAGGCAGAUGCAUCAGUCAAAGAGAAGAUAUCAGCUAUGUUGGUGACGAUUCUGCCAUUUUUGCUAGUUGCAAAUAUUACUAUCGAUAAUCAACAGUCGACAUGGUUAAUGAACGGUCCGGAAUGUACAUACGAUGUUCUCGUAAACAUGUCCCUGGCCAAUAUCGUUCAAGAAAACGACAAUUUCUGUACGAUGAUCGCCACCGAGCUCAGGUGUCGACCUAAAGGAGAAGAUAGUUUAAGCUGCCACUUCAAGAACUCCCGGAUCAAACGUCCCGAUCCGACAGACAACCGAUGCUCGAACGCAAAGGACUUUGUGCCCACGAAAUACAAGUUUGUGGGCGAAGACCCUUUCGAAAUCAGAUUCAAUUCGAGAGGUAUCGAGAAUCUGGUGGUGCAUAGGACGAUUCCCAGGUGGAGACUCGACAUGAUCAAGAGCAUAGUCAGCCAGCUAAACGUCGGUUUUGAGAUUCAACAGGAACGUCGCGAAAGAUUCACUAUCAUGGAAAACUCCACCGUGGGUCACUGCGAAGUCGACGUUAAGAUCAUUAAUAACGGUGAUUCUGAAGAAAAUGACGAUGAUUCUGUCGAGGAGAGCAAAAAUUUCGAGAUCGGAUUGAUGUCUCUCGAUGAAGAACGUCCUUUAACCAGCUUGAAACGAUUCCAAGUGGAGAAAGUUCGGCAACCGAAAAAAUGCCCACGAAGAACAAUAUACUUCUUCGGAGAUCAUGAGGAUUAUAGUCACGGUGACAAGCAACUUUACAUGGAUAUGAACACUUCUACCAGUCAUAUCACAAUCUCAAAAGACAAAUUCAUAUCCUAUACAAUAUCGGAGGGUGUAAUGAAGACGGCAAAUAAAUCGCGGAUUAUGCGACCUUAUCAAAAGAUAAGUUUAAAAUUGAAGGGAAUAGAUUUUGUCCGGUCUGCAUUGCCAGAGAUUCAAAAUCCAGCCUCGACGAGUUUAUUCGCUUUUUCAAAUCUGCGAACUAUUCCGGAAGACGAAUAAUCUGAAAUGUUGGCUGUAUUGAAGAAUAUAUUUAAGAGCUGAAAUUAAUUGUAAAAAACAUUCUAUAUCACUGUCGAUUAUUAAUAAUCAAUAUUUUGUAUUAAUGACGUUUCUGUUUGUAAUUUAACGUCAUUUUAUUUCAGAAUUAUAUAAAAAUAUAUAUAUGUAUACUCUAAAAUAAAAUUACAUUAUUGUGUUUUAUGUAUUUACAGCUUACAAAUUGUUAAAUAUAAUUAUAAUAUAAUAAAGGUUUGCUUAAAGCGAUAAUAAUGCAGUUACACUGGAA